AAUCUCCACACACACGUGAGCAACGCGGAUGUAAGUAGAAGCCGUCACUGAGUAAUGGCGGCCCGUGUCAGGCCAGAGAUUGUCAAGCUGUGUGUGUUUUCACAAAUACUGAUUUUCUGUGCCAGCCAGAACACACACAUGCAAAACUUUGUACUCACAAAAGCGUGUGAUAUAAGCUCUCGGUACGCAUCCGGUGCCCAAAUAUCAGGGAAUUGCUCCGCAGCUAUUGACGGAAACACAGAUACUAAUUUCAACAUCAGUCCUCCGAACUGUAUACACACCGUAGAAGGUGACACCUCGCCUUUCUGGUCGGUGGAUCUGGGACAGAAGAUCGCCAUCAACACCAUCUCCAUCUAUGGACGUGCCAGCUUUCUUAUGAGAAUGAUCUGCGUUAAUGUCUCCGUUGAUGGCAACAUCAUCAAAAGAUUCACCGAUGUCAACGGGUGGAACAACGAUAAAUAUGACAUCACAGUGGGUCGUGUAGGGCGAGUGGUCAACAUCACCAGAGACUGUGACCACGAGGGGCCCACGAUAAACAUGUGUGAGGUACAGGUAUGGGUGUGUGACGACGGUUGGUAUGGAGACACGUGCACUCAAGCCUGCGGUCAGUGUGCCGGUGGGUCUGUCUGUGACAAGGUGAACGGCGGUUGUGUGUCCUGCCAGACAGGCUUCCAGCCACCGCUCUGUGCAGAGUGUGUAGACGGUAGGUAUGGAGGCAGCUGCACACAGACUUGUGGUAACUGUCCCGGUGGUUCUGUCUGCGACAAGGUGACUGGCAUCUGUGCCUCCUGUCAAACAGGUUUCAAGCCACCUCUCUGUAAAGAAUGUGCCGAUGGUUGGUAUGGAGCCAACUGCUCACAGACAUGUGGUAGUUGUGUUGGUAACUCCGUCUGUGACAAGACAACAGGAGUCUGUUCCUCUUGUAAAACAAGAUUCAACCCACCACUCUGCCAAGAAUGUGUUCCUGGAUGGUAUGGAAAGAAUUGUAAUGAAACGUGUGGUCACUGUCUGGGAGGUAACUCUACCUGUGACAAAACCACUGGGAGUUGUCCUUCAUGUGACGGGGUAUUCCAACCACCUCUGUGUAAAGAGGCAUGUGCCGACGGUUGGUAUGGAAACUCGUGUACACAAGCCUGUGGUCACUGUGUUGGCGGGUCUGUCUGUGACAAGGGGAAUGGGAACUGCACGUCCUGUGAGACUGGCUUCCAGUUACCCCGGUGUGAUGCGAUGAUAUCAUCUACCGAGGACAAAGACACUGUCAGUCUGGCAGGUCCAGUGGCCGGUGCUGCUGUUGGCUGCAGUGUCGCAUUUUUUAUUAUCGGUAUCGUCACUGGUUUGUGUCUGAGAAGAAUUCGGUCUCAGCAACCUUCAUCAGCACUUCGUUCACCUAAUGAUAUCUCAAUGACCCGUGAAAUCAGUACUUCCAUGCCCAUUCCUCGUCCUGAGGAAAAGCUGGAAAACUCAUCAGACUACAGCAACAUCAACCUCUAUGACUCACUCAAAGACCGUGAUGACAACAACACAUCCUCCUACGCCAAUCUUACUCUCCCACCGACACAGGCAUGACUGAACACAAAAUAAAAAGUGAACAAUUUCAACAUCAUUGCAACUCUCUUGACUAGCUUUAAAGCAUUAUCACUAUGCUCAUUACCUACUGGAUCGUUUUUCACUUUACAGACAUUUAUCAGUAGAGCGAAAAACUUCUGAGUUAUCUAUGUUACUGUAUGUUUUGCUCCAGCGCAGUCGUGCGCGUGUGUAUAAAUAUAAAUCUAAUCAGGUCUUCGUUUGUAUAAAACUUCCAGUGACA